UUAGGCACUGUGGUGUGUUACAGUGAUGGGACUUGGUCGCAACUACCCAUCUGCAAAGAGGCGUUCUGCGUCCUGGAUCCUGCUGAACAUGUUGGGGCCAAUUUUAGACUAUCUGGAGUUGAGUAUUUAAAGGAAGGAGAGGAGAAACAUAUUCCGUGUAUUCAGCAGGAUUACAGCAGCCGUGUUCAGUGCACUAAUGGAAAAAUAAAUUUCACCCAGUGCAGCAAACCAGGUACUGGACAUGGAGGAUCCACAGUGGGAGGAGCAGGCGGGGGGCACACUAUAUCAACUGGCAGUGGGACACAACCUGCAGGUGGAGGCAGAGAAACCAGACCAACUACUGGACAAGGUGGAGGGACUCAACCUGCAGGUGGAGGAUCAUCUACCACCUCUGGCUCGACUGACAGAGACAGUGGACCAACAUUCAGACCAGGUUAAUUAUUCCAAUUCAUUGCUCCUUGUACAUGACAUGUAUCAGACUUGGUUUAUGUAUUUACUUAGUUUAACUUUUCAAAUACUUCUUCCCUUGCUGACCAGUGACUGUAAUGAAAAGCUGAAUUUAUAUAACCACUGGUAAUUCAGAAAAAAGCUAUCGGUUUUGAUUAGUUGGUGCUAGACUGAGAACUGGGCAUUCAGAGCAAUAAUGUAGUAGUAAACCACUAUUUGCUACAGAAAAAGAAUGAAGUCACACUCCUUGUGUGUGUGUGUGUGUGUGUGUGUGUGUGUGUGUGUGUGUGUGUGUGUGUGUGUGUGUGUGUGUGUGUUUUAAUCCAAGCCUCUCUGACUUUGUGGUUGAUGGUCCGGCUGCAGGUGGAUGUGCAUGUGAGUCCCUGUAUGUGUAUCCCACUGGCUGAUCUCCACCGCUCUGCACCUUGCACAUACAGCAGUUACUGCUGAUAACACCACCCAGACCCAUGGUGGCUGGAUAAAUUUAUCUUGGAAGCGUAGUGCCCACCCAAGAAUGCCCCUCCAGUAGAGAAAACGUGAUGCAGUGCCCUCCAGAGUGUCCCUCCGGUGGAGAAAACAUGAUGCAGUGUCCUCUCAGUAGAGAAUACGUGAUAAAGUGCCCUCUAGGGUGCCCCUCCAGUAGAGAAAACAUGAUGCAGUGCCAUCUAGAGUGCCCCUCCAGUAGAGAAAACGUGAUGCAGUGUCCUCUCAGUAGAGAAUACGUGAUAAAGUGCCCUCUAGGGUGCCCCUCCAGUAGAGAAAACAUGAUGCAGUGCCAUCUAGGGUGCCCCUCCAGUAGAGAAAACGUGAUGCAGUGCCCUCUAGAGUGCCCCUCCGGUAGAGAAAACAUGAUGCAGUGCCCUCUAGAGUGCCCUCCCAGUAGAGAACACACAAGAUGCCGUGCUGUCUCGAGUGCCCUUCCAGUGGAGAAAGCGUGAUGGAGCUCCCUCUAGAGUGCCCUUGCAGUUGAGAAAAUGUGAUGCAAGGUGCUCUAGAGUGCCCCUCUGGCGGAGAAAACAUGAUGCAGUGCCCUCUGAAGUGCCCUUCCAGUAGAAAAAAUGUGAUGCAGUGCCCUGUAGAGUGCCCCUCCAGCGGAGAAAACGUGAUGUACUGUCGUCUAGCUUGCCUCUCCAGUAGAGAAAACGUGAUGCAGUGCCCUCUAAAGUGCCCUGCAGUGGAGAAAACGUGAUGCAGUGUUCUGUAGAGUGCCCCUCCAGUGGAGAAAACAUGAUGCUGCGCCCUCUAAAAUGCCCUUCCAGAAGAGAAAACGUGAUGCAGUGCCAUAUAAGCUACUCUAUACGCUAUACGUUACUUUUUGGCAGGGCUGGUAUGCAGCUGGUGCCCAACCAAACCCUUUACCCCUUGAGGCCAAUUCACAGUUUCUGUGUCAGCAUGUCCACGAGGGGCCACUUUGGUCUGUGUGACCUUUCUACGUCAUCCA